CCCGCGGACUCGGGAGCGCGCGCGGCCUGAUCGGAAGGGCCCCGAGCUGGAGGGAGCGGAGGCGGAGGCGGAGGCGGGCCCGGCGCGGGGCCCGGCGGGGAGCGGAGCCCGAGGAGCCGGAGCGGGGCCCGGAUCCCCGGGGGCCCACGGCCGCCAACACGGACUUCCUGUGGGACAAGCGCACCGGGCUGGCGGCGAGGAGGAUGCCUCACUCCAGAAGGUACCACUCGUCAGAGCGCAGCAGCCGAGGCAGCUAUCACGAGCGCUACAGAAGUCGCAAGCACAAGAGGCGGCGGACGCGGUCCCGGUCAAGCAGCAGCGAGCGUGACCGGCGGCACCGGCGGGAAGACAGUUACCAUGUUCGCUCAAGGAGCUACGACGACCACUCUUCAGACAGGAGAGCCUAUGACAGGCGCUACUGUGAAAGCUACAGACGGAAUGACUACAGCCGUGAACGCGGGGAAGCCUACUACGAAGCUGAGUACCGCCACUCUUAUGAGUACCGGCGCUCCCGGGACCAUGACGGCAGCUACCGGAGCUGCAAAAGCAGCCGGCGUAAUAAGCACAGGCGGAGACGGCGCCGCAGCCGGUCCUUUAGCCGCUCCUCAUCGCAGCGGAGUCGACAGAGCAGCAGAAGGGCCAAGAGUGUGGAGGACGACGACGAGGGGCAUCUGAUCUAUCGCGUCGGCGACUGGCUACAGGAAAGAUAUGAGAUUAUUAGCACCUUAGGGGAAGGCACGUUUGGCAGAGUGGUGCAGUGUGUGGAUCAUCGGAGGGGGGGUGCACGCGUCGCCCUAAAAAUCAUAAAAAACGUGGAGAAGUAUAAAGAGGCUGCUCGGCUGGAGAUCAACGUGUUGGAGAAAAUCAAUGAGAAGGAUCCAGAGAAUAAGAACCUGUGCGUGCAGAUGUUUGACUGGUUCGAUUACCAUGGCCACAUGUGCAUCUCCUUUGAGCUGCUGGGGCUCAGCACCUUUGACUUUCUGAAGGACAACAACUAUUUGCCCUAUCCCAUCCACCAAGUGCGGCAUAUGGCCUACCAGGUGUGCCAGGCUGUGAAAUUUUUGCAUGACAAUAAACUCACUCACACGGACCUCAAACCCGAGAACAUCCUCUUUGUGAACUCAGAUUAUGAACUCACCUAUAACCUGGAAAAGAAGCGAGAUGAGCGGAGCGUGAAGAACACGGCCAUCAGGGUGGUUGAUUUUGGCAGUGCAACGUUUGAUCAUGAGCAUCACAGCACCAUUGUCUCCACCAGGCACUACCGAGCCCCAGAGGUCAUACUGGAACUCGGCUGGACCCAGCCCUGUGAUGUGUGGAGCAUCGGCUGCAUUGUCUUCGAGUACUAUGUGGGCUUCACCCUGUUCCAGACUCAUGACAACCGGGAGCAUCUGGCCAUGAUGGAGAGGAUCCUGGGUCCGAUUCCUUCCCGGAUGAUCCGAAAGACCAGGAAGCAGAAAUAUUUCUACCAUGGUCGCCUGGACUGGGACGAGAACACCUCUGCUGGCCGCUAUGUCCGUGAGAACUGCAAACCACUGCGGGAUCCUGCUGUGGUGCAGCACAAGCCCAGCACGGAGUAUGCGACGCUGGAUGUGUACAACCCCUUUGAUAACCAAGGGCCACCCCCUCCCUACCAGCCGCAGCCAGGGGCUCAGCCGACUCCACCAGUCACCAAAGUGCCCCAGCCGCCGGCCUCCGCCAUGCAGCCCCACAAGAAGCCAAGCCCCCCAGAGUCCAAAAACUAUGGCUCCUAUGGAACUCAGGAGUCGACAGCAGCAGCUGCCACAGCUGAGCUGCUCAAGCGGCAGGAGGAGCUGAACCGGAAGGCGGAGGAGCUGGACAGGCGGGAGCGGGAGCUGCAGAACGCAGCUUUGGGCAAUGCUGCAAUCAGACAAAACAACUGGCCUCCGCUGCCCUCCUUCUGCCCCGUAAAGCCCUGCUUCUACCAGGACAUCCCUGUGGAGAUCCCCAUGGAGUUCCAGAAAACUGUCUCCUCCAUGUACUACCUCUGGAUGGCCAGCACCGUGACUCUCUUCCUGAACUUCUUGGCCUCCCUGGCCUGGUUCUGCGUGGAUACCACAGCUGGUUCGGGCUUUGGCCUCUCUAUCCUCUGGGUUCUCCUCUUCACACCCUGCUCCUUCCUGUGUUGGUACAGGCCAAUGUACAAAGCCUUCCGGAGUGACAGCUCGUUCAACUUCUUUGUGUUCUUUUUCAUCUUCUUCGUCCAGGACAUUGUGUACGUGCUGCAGGCCAUUGGCAUCCCAGGCUCGGGAUUCAGCGGCUGGAUAGCGAGUCUGACUGUGCUGAGGAAAAACCAGGCUGCUGCUGUGAUCAUGAUCCUGGUGGCCGUGUUCUUCACGGUGGUGGCCGUGCUGGGGAUCAUCAUGCUGAAGAGGAUCCACUCCAUGUACCGCCGGACAGGUGCCAGCUUCCAGAAGGCACAGGAGGAGUUUGCCACAGGUGUCUUCUCAAACCAGGCGGUGCGCACGGCAGCAGCCAAUGUCGCGACGGGGGCAGCGGGCAGUGCCUUCCGGGCGCAGUAGGGGCAGGCCAAGCCCCUGGCUCCAUCACUCUCACAUGGGCUAUUUUUAAAGAAAAGGAAACCAAGUUGCACUUUUCAUUGGGUCCCUUUGUGUCUGCCUCAGCCAAUCAGAGGCUGCCUCAUCCCAGCUUGGAAGCACAGAUGCCCAAAUACUCUGCUGCUCUAACCUCCUCCCUCUUGGAUGGGUGCUGCUCAGGUUUGUGCCAUCCCUGUGGACAGAGGCUGUGGGGGAAGAUGGGGUUUCCCUUGCGCUCAGGAAGGGGCUCUUUCCCAUUUCAGUUCCCUCCAUGUCCAGCACCAGCUGCUUGGGUGGGGUGGGAAUUGUGCAUGUUGCAUUUCCUGGCUCUUCCUGGCCACAGCUGCACUGUUGGCCUGAGAUCCCCAGACCCCUCCUGACCCAUGGAAUCGCUUCCUGCUUAACCCAGAGAGCCUGCUGCUUCUGUGCAGAGGGGGCUGACUUGUGUCCUAACUUCAGCCUCCCCUCUGUCCAUUCAGGGGUAAGGCCAUGAGGGCGGAGCUGGCUCUGGGCCAGGCAUAGGUGGAGGUUUCUCACUGUACUGCCUUUGAAGUGGGACCUCCUUAUCUGUCAAGGAUACUUCCUCCAGUGACUACUGCUGCUGUGACCUCCCAUGGGGGUGGGGCUGGCUUGCUGAUUGGCUGUUGGCCCAGUGUGAUAGUGAGGUGAGAAUGGGGAGCAGCUUUGGGGCUGCUACCCAGCACAUGUUGCGUGCAGUGAAGGGUAACUUUGAUGCCAAGGAAAUAACCUGGGCCUAUGUCCCCAGCCCUGCAGCUACCCCACCCAGUGCUGUGGCUACAGCCUUUGGCCAGCACUUGCCUUGGGGCCCUAUGGUGAACUCCUUGCUUGCAUGAUUAACAGGUGAGAUGCCUGAGCUACUGCUCUGGGUGUUGAGGCUCCUUGUGCCUCUGAGCUGCCUGCCCAGUAGUACCAGUAGGCUGAGCCAAGCCUGGGGAUCUAGGUUUACUCUGUCACUGGGGAAGUCGCAGAGCAGGCGCCAUAGCCCUGGCUUCCCUGUCCCCUCUUGUGGGGGAGACGCUAUGGACCUUGCAUACCCUGGCUUAGCCGAUGUAGCAUGAUCAUUCUUUGUAUGAUUUUUCAGUGUCCCUGGGCAUCAGCCGCAGGGAUCCCCCAAAUCUCUGCUCCAUAGUGCCCAGUGCCCUACUCUACUGGCUCUGUGUUCUCUCCCAGCACCCACCUAGUGCCUCCUGCCUCCCCUCCCCCAUGCUCCGGGGUCAACAAUGUAUAGGGUCAUUCCUGCCCUGGCAGCACUCUAUCACAGGCUGCCCCAGGGAAGCCAAACAGUGGAGAGGGGGCAGAACCCACAGCAUGUUGGCUUGUGGAUGGGACAGGUGUAGCUCUCCCUUCCCACCCUGGGAGCUGGGUUUUGUUGGCUUGAAACAGCUCUAAUGUUCUGGCUGCUCCCUAGUGCUCUCUCUCCAGGCUGGCGGGGGGAGUCCAGGACUGAGGGGGCAGCCCCUUUCCCUGGGGUGGGGGGGCUGGGUGCAGAGUAGGUUGCACUGUUGGUUUGAAUUCUUGCCUUGCCUGGGGCUGGGGAUGACCAGCAUGGCAGGAGCAACGAGCUUAAUCUGCAGUCAGGGAGAUUUAGGAAAACCUUUUUAGUGUCUAAUCAAACUGGAAGGGUGGUUGAGUUCUUGACUAGGCUCUCAAGGGAGAUGGGGGAAUCCCUAUCACUAGAGGUUUUUUAGGAACAGGUUGGACAAACACCUGUCAGGGGGAUCUAGGUUUACUUGGCCCUGCCUCAGGGCAGGGGAGAGAUGGACGGGACUUGCCCUCAGGUGGUGUCUUCCAGCACUACAUUUGUGAUUCCCUGCAGUGCAGCAGCCUGCCCUCAGCACUUCCUGGUUUCCCUGGAGUUGUGAUGGCAGCUGUAGGAGGGGCAGGGAUAUGUUUCCUUUUUGCUGUCCUUCUGUCUCUGGAGUCGUGGGGCUGGGUGCCUAGGGACCUGUGCUGUCAGGGCAUGUAAGAGGCAGAGAGCGACUGCUGGAGACUUUCCACACUACAGGUCACAAUUCACCUGCCCCAGAACUGUGGUGGAUUUUUUUUUCUGUGCCAAAUGCAAAGCCAGCUUUGAUUUUAUUUAAAAUAAAGUUUAACUCCUUGUUCUCCAGG